CUCAAAGUUGGAAUACAAUUAUUUCUAAACUGUGAACCCCACUUGAGUUUGUUUGCUACCAUACCAUGUCUGCGCCUUCCUUCCCAAUCUCCCACCUACCCACCUCUCUCGCCACUUUCUUCAAUCAAUCUUCACAAUAUUUAUAUCUUUCUUGAAUCAAUAAAAACUAUGCUGUUUCAGAGCAAUUAAAUUGAAUUGGGUCUUGCUGUUUUGAGCAAAAAUGGUGGUUGCUGGUGCAUUGAGUUGUGGAAUUGGUGGUGUUAUAAGUGAAAAUAAGGCAAUUAGAAAGAAUCUGGUUACCCAAUUGCCAAUACAAAAGGUUGUUCUAAGAAAUGGAAUUCAAAAUAGGAGAUUGAGAUUCAAUAAUGUAAUUAGGGGUUGUGGGUUGAUUAGUGAUCAAGAGGCUUUGGAUUAUGAUCUGGGUGCUUCAAAUUUGGAAGAAAGGUUAGCCGAAACACGCGAUAGGGUCGUAAAUGGUUCGGUUGAUGAUCAAAUUGAAUCUUUGGGAACUUCGAACGAUGUUAAACGGUCUCCUAGUGUGCAAACCGAGCUUGUAUUGCUUGCAUUACCAGCCAUUGCAGGCCAAGCUAUUGAACCUUUGGCACAACUUAUGGAAACGGCUUAUAUCGGUAGACUAGGUGCGUUGGAGUUGGCUUCAGCCGGUGUGUCGAUAUCAAUUUUCAAUAUAGUAUCGAAGGUGUUCAAUAUUCCCCUGCUUAGUGUUGCAACUUCAUUUGUGGCUGAAGACAUAGCUAAGCAUGCAAAAAGUGAUUCGGAUUCAGCAGAAGAAAGAAGGCAAUUACCUUCAGUCUCUACCGCACUGGUAUUAUCUGUCGGGAUUGGUAUACUUGAAGCGACGGCGUUGUACUUUGGAGCCGGAACCUUUCUCAAUCUAAUGGGAAUAUCAUCGGCUUCUUCGAUGCGCGUUCCCGCUCAACGGUUUCUUCAACUUAGAGCGAUUGGUGCUCCUGCUGUUGUACUUUCGUUGGCUAUUCAAGGUGUCUUCCGUGGAUUCAAGGAUACAAAGACGCCUGUAUUUUGUCUAGGAAUAGGAAAUUUGGCUGCGGUAUUCUUUUUUCCCGUUCUCAUGUACGUUUUCGGAUUGGGUGUCACCGGUGCUGCCAUCUCCACCAUCGCAUCACAAUAUAUCGUGACAUUUGCAAUGAUAUGGUACCUUAAUAAGAAGACCGUGCUGAAACUACCGGAAAUGAAGGAUUUACAUUUUGGAGGUUACCUGAAAUCCGGCGGUUUUCUGCUAGGGAGAACUCUAGCGGCUGUUGCAACCGUAACAUUGAGUACGUCAAUGGCCGCACGCCAAGGACCAAUAUCCAUGGCUGCACAUCAAAUAUGCUUGCAAGUAUGGUUAUCUUCGUCUCUACUUGCAGACGCGCAAGCGUCUGCGGGUCAGGCUCUGAUCGCAAGUUCGUUCUCAAAACGAAACUACAGCAGAGUUAAAGAGAUCAUGUUUUAUGCUUUAAAGACUGGAUUAAUAACCGGGGUUAGCUUAGCUGUCGUAUUGGGAUUGUCGUUUGGUACUUUAGCCACGUUGUUCACCAACGAUGCACAAGUUCUAGCCAUUGCUAGAUCUGGUGUACUGUUCGUUAGUGCAAGUCAACCAAUUACCGCUCUUGCUUAUAUUUACGACGGCCUUCAUUAUGGAGUUUCAGAUUUCAAAUUUGCAGCAUGCUCCAUGAUGUUGGUGGGAGCAAUGUCGUCUGCGUUUCUACUCUAUGCUCCUUCGGUUUUCGGUCUUGCGGGUGUCUGGGCUGGCUUAACAUUAUUCAUGGGGAUGCGUGCUGCGGCAGGAUAUAUGAGGUUAGCUGAAAAGAACGGCCCAUGGGGGUUCUUGCAAGAGAUCCCUGAAACCGAGAUUGAAACUUGUUGAAGGCAUAACUCAAUUUACAAAAACUUGCGGUUGUAUACUGUAUACCCAAAACAUCAGGUUCCGAUGGCCUCGAUAACCGUUAGAGGAAACUGUCAAUUUCAUCUUGACGUUUGUCGCUAAAAAUCCCGAAGGGCUGAGGCAGUAACGACAGCCAUCCAGGAUGCCAUUUUUGCAGCUUUAUUUGUCAUCAUUUUUUUACAAGUAUGUACAGUUUAAUAAUGUUUCUAAAUAUUGAAAAUGUUACUGUCUUGUUAUAUGUUUUAAACUUUUAAUAAAGUUGAUUGCAAGUUAUUUUAAA